UUGUUUAGUUGAUGAAAAGCUUACACUUUUUUAGAAUUCUAUUCUUUCACCUUUUUUUUCCCUUUCUAAAAACCGACGUUUCCCCUUCCUUAGAAAACCUAGAUUUCUCCCAUUUCCCCCUUUUCUUAAAAUUCUUCCAUUUUCUCCAUCUCUUUCUCGCGGAAGUUCUCCUUCUCCACGCUAAAACACUCAGUCCCGCAGGAAGGUUCGUCACGUCCGCCGUCGUGCUGCCCGGCCUUCAGCCGUUUGUCGUCCCUAGCGCCUCCAGUCCUUUUGCCCUCGAAUUGCAAUAGCUGCCACCAACAACUCACAAAACAAAUGAAGGUAGAAGAAGUAAAUCUCUGCCAAAUUCAAGAAUGGUAUCCCAAAUUCAAACCUUUCUCUAUCAAAACCUUAAUUCACCAUCUUCCUGAAUCCUUCGUUCAUUACCUUCUUGAUGACUCUUCCCCUUUCCUCCUUCCACUUUCCAUCUCCAACGAUGAUGCUCUUCCCAACAGAGUCUUUAAUCCCGUAGACGAACCGGAUUUCCAGUUGAAACAAGAAUCCGAUGACGAUUCCGACCAACCCACUUCCCCUCCUUCCUUCCCUGACCUUGAAUCCGAUGUUAAACACUCUAUUUCCUCUCUCGGAGGUUCCGUCUUCCCUAAAUUGAACUGGAGCGCGCCUAAAGACUCUGCCUGGAUUAGCCCUAAUGGAACAUUGAAGUGUUCUUCCUUUAGUGAGAUUGCUCUCCUACUUCGUUCCUCCGAUUCUCUUGUUCACGAUCUUUGUCAUGCCUAUGAUUCCUGCACCGACAAAUCUUCCUCCAGGCCAUCGAAAUUCUUCCUCGCCCUACGCAAGUGGUACCCAUCCCUUCGGCCAGAGAUGGAAUUUCGUUGCUUCGUGAAGAAUAGGAACCUGAUUGGCAUUUCUCAGCGCGAGGUUACAACGUUCUAUCCUGCUGUAGUGGAGAAGAAGGAGAGGUUGAGAGAAGUCAUACGAGAAUUCUUCAUCGACCAUGUGAAAGCAAACUUCGAAUUGGAGAAUUACACGUUCGAUGUGUAUGUGACGAGAAAUGAAAGUGUUAAGAUAGUGGAUUUCAAUCCAUGGGGUGCGUUUACACUUCCAUUGUUGUUUGAUUGGGAGGAACUUGAAGAAGAAGAGAAGGAAGAGAUUGAUUUGAGAAUUGUGGAGAGCCGGAGGGCAGUGAGGCCAGGUUUGAAGACAGCGGUUCCAUUUGAUUAUUUGGAUAUGAGUUCGGGAAGUGGUUGGGAUCAGUUCUUGAAGAAUGCAGAUCAAGAAUUUCAGCAUCAAAUGAGAGAUGACAAUGAUUGAUUGCUAUGGACAUCAAUGGCUUUGGAUUUCCUGUCAUAACUCAAAGUGUACUGAGAUUGAAUCAUUGAAAUUAUAUGCAAAAUUUUAUUAAUCUCAACAA